GCGUGACGGAGUGGCUCGGCGUGCGCCGUGCAGUUCUUAGCGACGAAAACUUAUGCGAGUUAAGACGUAUUCACUCACAAUUUCUUACGAGGUAUAAUUGAAUGUAAAUAAUACAUCCUGUGGUUAUACUUUCUCUGUUCGCGUAUUUAUUUACAUCGACUACCUUCCAAAUACGGGACCGGUUGAACAUGCGCACGUUUUAAAAGUAUGUAUUUUGAUGACAUGUGAGAAGUUAUGGUAAAGACAAGUUACAAGAAGUGAUCAGUGAGUGCGGAUUUGUUUCCUUCAAAUAACGGGCUAGUUGCUUUAUUUUGCUUGUAAUUCAAGAUGUUGAAACACUGGUCGACUUAACCAAGGUGCUAGAGAAAGACUAAACAUGACGCAGCUCGUGAACAAGAACCUAAUUACGCUGAAGUGUGUACUCUUCUGCUUCCUUUCAGGUAUAGGAUGUAUAUUCCCGUUCCUGCCUCUGCACAUACUGUCCGUUGGCUUGGACCGAGGGGAGGCUCGGUUGAUAUCUGCAGUAGCGCCUGCUAUUGCACUCCUGGGCCCAGCUAUUCUUGGACCCCUUAUUGACAAACUAUCAGUAGGUCGAGGAUCAACCGGAGGAGGUGCAGGUCCCAGCAGUUCAGGGAAACUGCUGCGUGUUGUUAUCGCAUGCUGCUUGAUUCUGAGCGCCUUAUUCUACACACUUCUACUAGCAGUGCCUUACACUGAACGACAUGAAGCGCGGCGACCGCAGGUGUUAUUUAUGUGCGACGCGGAGGGCGCUUACGUCAUGCAAGAGGUGUGCACGGAGGGCAUGCGUUGCAAUCGAUGGGAGGGCGAAAAGUCCGGAGUACUGGCGGUAAGCGCAUGUGAAUACGGAUGUGCUGACGAGAACAUGACGUGGGUGACCCGGCCUUUCACCACCACCUCCACCACGACCACGCUCAGCCCGAUGUACAACAGCGUUGCAAACUCUACUUCUCCAGCGCCAGUGACAGAUGAAGAUGAAGAUGAAGAUGACUUUGAGUUUAACCCACCGCACUUGUGCUACAAUGGUCAAUGUUUGGUGUACAUGCAACACGUCAACAGACUUCGGGUGCCGCUCUCGCUGAUAGCACCCGAACCACCUGAAGAUAAUUCCACCGCUGAGAACAACUGGUGCAACUAUCGUACAGGUGGACCAUCCAAAUGUUUAGUGCCAACCGAUCGUUUGAAGGAUAUAGUACAUGAUGGGGAAACAUGCCAUCCCGCUGUGCGGUGCCAAGUACUUGAUCCUUACGAUGAGCCCGAUGGAGUGCUGGCGGAUGCAGAAUGUCGCCAAAUCAUUGGCGAUCCAACUUACACAUUCUGGAGUUACUUCAUCAUUAGGAUAUUAGCAGACAUUUGGCCGACAGCAGGUCUGGCAUUACUUGGGGCUGCGUGUGUUAUAGCCACCAGGGAGACUUCCUUGGGUCGUGGUGACGUUGGGAGGCAGUUGGCCUUCGGAACCUUAGGACUAGCCAUUUUCCCCCCGCUGGCGGGGCUGGCGUCUACUCAAAUGCCUGAUAUGCCUUACUUAGUGCCCUUCGUGAUGCACGCCGUUUUCAUGCUGAUAGGAGCCCUGAUACUACUGGUUGACACCCACAUGCCGCUGUCGACGCCCGAGUGGUGGUGGCACACGUCGACGGGUGUGCUGGCCAUGCCUAUGAACACGGUGCGACGCUACGGCGCUGAAACCGCGGCCGUCUUCGCUGUAGUAGCGCUGCUGGGCACUCUAUGGAGCGGCAUCGACGCCUAUCUGCCGUGGACGGUAGAGGAGCUGAACGGAACCGCGCUGGAAGUCGGCCUCACUAUGACGGUAGGUGCUCUGCCCGCGGUACCGGCGCUGUGGUGGGCGGAAGCACUUGUGGAUUUCAUCGGGCACUCCAAUGUCUUCAUCACCGCCUUCACUAUCUACUGCCUGCGCUACACAGGUCUAGCGUACAGCGAGACAUACUCAUGGGUGGUGGUGUGUGAGCUGCUGGAAGUGUUCACCCUGAGCCUUGUAUGGGUGACUGCGAUGCUGUACUUCCGACACCUGGUGCCGAGGAAGUAUACCACUACUGGACAAGCUUUGCCAGUGAUUGCGCACUUUUGUAUUGGUCGCUGUAUCGGGGCCAUUGUCAGUGGCAUGGUGUCGCUGGAACAGCCACUGUCGUCGCUGCGCGGUGCGUACCGCGCGCUGGGCGUUGUAUCGCUAGCGGCGGCCGCAGUCUACCUCGCUCUCUACCACCUGCUGUUAGCACCCCGUUGCGCCUCGCCCGCCGUCGCGCCGCCCAGUCACCUGCUCCAGGGAUUGAAUACAAAUGGCGGAUCGAACGGCAAUUACUCGCCGAUGCGGGUUUAUCACGAGGAACGCUCGAGAAAAGGACAUUUCCGUUAUUGAGUCAAAAAUAUUUGUAUCUUGUUGGUUUUUUUUACUAUUUUUUCGAUAUUAAAAUAAGUUUAAUAAGUACACAAUUGUGAUAUAACUAUUUCUUGACUAAUUAAUCUGAUUCAAUCAGUUUUAUUUAUUAGCUUCUACAUUUUAACGCCUACUCUGCAAUGCAUUUCAUUAAUUUAAGAAUUUGUAAUUGAAUAAAUUUUAAGCCUA